AGCCGCUACGUGUGUCUCCCUCUCUCACACCGACCCCCCUCCUCCUCCGCUGGCAAUUUAUAAAGAACAAAAAAUUCGACUAGGGAGGGGGUUGAUACGCCGAAGCUGAAAUCGAGAGGCGAACCCAGGAAAGGAGUAUAUUGUACACGCGACUUUCCCCCCCUUCGUCCCCCAAAAGGAGGGGGAAAAGUCACAAUUGUGGAAUCGAAAAGGAAAAUAAGGUUCAAAAGACGUGAAAACGUCUUCCGUUGUGGAUAUCGUAUAUCUUUUUAAUUCGAAAAAAUAUGGCCGAGAACGUUCUGGACUCUGGCCCGCCUUCAGCAAAGAGGCCUAAACUAUCCUCUCCGGCACUGUCUGUCUCCGCCAGCGAUGGGAACGAUUUUGGCUCGUUGUUUGACCUGGAGCAUGACCUCCCUGACGAGCUCAUCAACUCCUCAGAGUUGGGCCUGGUCAACGGAGGGGACCUCAGUCAACUGCACACCAGCCUGGGAGGAGGAGGAGGAGGUGGGAUGGGGUUGGGCCUGGGCCCUGGAGGAGGAGGGGGUGGCCAGGACGCGGUGGCCAAGCACAAGCAGCUCUCUGAGCUCCUUCGGUCAGGUGCUCCGCACGCCUCCACCCAGCAGGGCGCACUGGGCAGCCCAGGCGGGGCCAGCAUGGGCCACCUGGGGAACAUGAAGGCUUCCCCUGGGCCCCAGGGCAUGGGACAGCAGCAACACCUCUCUCCCCAGCAGCAGGCCAACAUGAUGCAGCAGCAGGCGGGGAUGGUGGGCGGCAUGAACAGGGGCAUGAUGGGGGCCCAGAAGGGCAACGGACAGCAGCAGCAAUCCAUGAUGGGCGGGCAGGUGAUGAACGGAUCCCCCAGGAUGGGCUUCUUGAACCAGGGGAUGGGGGGGAACAGUAACCUGCUGGCUGAGAAUCUGCAGCAGCAACAACAGCAGCAGGGGGCUGGUGGACAGUCUGGACUCAGAGUACAGCAACCUGGAGCAAUGAACAAGAUGGGUAUGAUGGGUAACCCGGGCCCCUAUGGAGGCCCCUAUGGAGGGCAGCAAGCAGGCCAAGGCCUUGGGGGAGCAGGGCUGGGUCCUCCACUCCAGAACAAAGGCUCCAUGCCCAACAGCCUGGCCCAGUUCAGCAUGGACAAGAAGAGCCAGCCCAUGCAGGGCAUGGCUGCCAUGGCCUCCCAGCAAUCUGCUGCAGGUGUGGGCGGUGGAGCCGGGGGCACUGCAGGGAUGGUCCCCAACGCCCAGGGAGGCCUGGGGCCUGCCGUGUCUGCAGCCGCAGCAGCCGGGGCACCCCCUACGGCCGACCCCGAGAAGCGCAAGCUUAUCCAGCAGCAGCUAGUGCUCCUGCUCCACGCACACAAGUGCCAGCGGCGGGAGCAAGCCAACGGGGAGGUGCGCCAGUGCAACCUACCACACUGCCGCACCAUGAAGAACGUCCUCAACCACAUGACCCACUGCCAGGCCGGCAAGUCCUGCCAAGUGGCUCACUGUGCUUCAUCCAGACAGAUCAUCUCUCACUGGAAGAACUGUACGCGGCACGACUGUCCGGUCUGCCUGCCGCUCAAGAACGCAGGGGACAAGAGGAACCAGCAGUCUCUACUAGGAGGUUCUGGUGUAGGUCUGGGUAGUUCCUUGGGCUCAGUGCCCGGAAGCCAGCCCAGCACCCCAAACCUCAACCCCCCCAGCCAGAUGGACCCCAGCUCCAUCGAGAGGGCCUACGCAGCCCUGGGGCUCACUUACCAGGGCACCCAGAUCCAAAACCAGGCCUCUCUGCCCUCACAGGGCCUGCAGAGCCAACCGGGCAUGAGGCCGCUCAAUCCCAUGGGUGGUAACCCGAUGGGGGUGAAUGGAGGAGUGGGUGUUUCACCCCAGAACCAGCAGGCCAGCCUGCUACAGGACACCAUGCUACACCUCAACAUGAACUCCCAGGGUCUGAUGAGCGACGCGGGCGGGGCGGGUAACAUGGGGUCCAUGCCCACGGCGACCCCACCCUCGGCAGCGGGCAUGAGGAAGAGCUGGCACGAGGACAUCACCCAGGACCUGAGGAACCACUUGGUGCACAAACUGGUACAAGCCAUCUUCCCGACCCCAGACCCUGCUGCUCUGAAGGACAGACGGAUGGAGAACCUAGUGGCGUAUGCUAGGAAGGUGGAGGGGGACAUGUACGAGUCUGCCAACAGCAGGGCGGAGUACUACCACCUGUUGGCUGAGAAGAUCUAUAAGAUCCAGAAGGAGUUGGAGGAGAAGAGGCGGACGCGGCUCCAGAAGCAGGAUGGUCCCCUCCCUGACCACUCUCUGGUGCGGCCCGGUGGAGCCAACCAGAUGGUUAAUAGGAUGCAGAACCCUGCAGGUAUGAACCAGUUCAACCAGAUGGGGAUGCAGUCUACGGGUCAGAGGUCGACCCCUCCUCUCCCCCUUACACCCAUCAACCAGAUGGGCAUGGGGAACCCCAGGAUGGGCCAGCCCAACGUGGGCCAGCUCCAGAACCAGUACCUACCCCAGGGACAGUUCCCAGGCUCCGGCCCAGGACCAGGUCUCGGCACGGGGCAGCCCGGCAUGGUACAGCCUGCUAUGAACCAGCAAGGCAACCAGGGAGGCAUGGCACAGAUGAGAGAGACUCAGAUACCCAUUCCUUCCCCUCUCCCCGUCAACAGCCCUCUAGCCGGGCCCGGCUCAGUCGGAGGGGGUAGCGGUGUCCCCUCGGUAGGGCCCAUGGGUCCUCAGAGUGUGGGUGGAGGCCCCUUGUCCAACCUGCCCCUGUCCAACAACCCCCAGCAGCCCAACUCCAUCCCCCACCUCUCGGCCAUGCGCCAGAGCUCUCCCUCCCCCGCCCGUAGCCUCACCCCCACACCCCACCAAACGCCACCCAGGCUAGUUGGCUCACAGACCCCCCAGCCCCACACCCCCAACCCGUCCCAGCUGGCCCCCCCAGGCCCUCAGCAGCAGCUAGGGCCCGGCAGCCAGGGGCCAGGCUCCAACAAGCCCAUGCAGCAGGGGGUGGGAGCGGGGUCCACCACCCCAUCUCACCCUGGUCAUCCCUCAACAACCCCCAACCCCCAUGGAGGCCAGCUCCCUCGCACGCCUCGCACUCCGAUGUCCCAGAAGGGUGGCUUCCAGUCCCAGGACGGUCAGGCUCUGACCCCAGCGUCGGUCAGCAGUGUGGACACGGCCUCCCAGCAGGCCUCCCAGUCAGACACCUCUGCUUCCGUGGACCCCAAGACGGAGGUCAAGCAGCAGCAGGAUGAGGACGACGAUGGGGAGGAAGGCUGCUCCAAGGGGGGGAAGUUAUCCAACAUCAAGCUGGAGAACAAACCCAUCAAAAUGGAGGGGGUGAAGAAAGAGGAAUGUGGAGGCGACGGGGGCAAAGGUGUUCCCAUGGAAACGUCAUCAUUGGCAGGGGUUAAAAGUGAAGACAGGGUGAAGACUGAAGACCGGAAGCCGGAGGUGAAGAAGGAGCCGAAAGAGGAAGAGAAGGGAUCAGAGUCCCCUGGUACACCGUCUGGUGCCCAGAACAAGAAGAAGAUCUUUAAGCCAGAGGAGCUGCGCCAGGCCCUCAUACCCACCCUGGAAUCUCUGUACAGACAGGACCCAGAGUCUCUGCCCUUCAGACAGCCUGUGGACCCUCAUCUACUGGGCAUACCUGACUACUUUGACAUAGUGAAGACCCCCAUGGACCUGUCCACUAUAAAGCGGAAGCUGGAUACGGGUCAGUACCAGGAACCCUGGCAGUACGUGGAUGACAUCUGGGUCAUGUUGAACAACGCCUGGCUUUACAACCGCAAGACGUCCCGCGUCUACAAGUACUGCUCCAAGCUGGCCGAGGUGUUCGAGGCCGAGAUAGAUCCCGUCAUGAAGGGCCUGGGUUACUGCUGCGGCAAGAAGUUGGAGUUCUCUCCCCAGACGUUGUGCUGCUAUGGAAAGCAGCUGUGUACUAUACCCCGGGACGCUGCCUACUUCAGCUACCAGAACAGUUCACCAAAAUUUGGGCUUCUUGCUGACAGGUACCACUUCUGUGAGAAGUGCUUCAACGAAAUCCAGGGGGACAACGUGUCCCUAGGAGACGACCCCUCCCAGCCUCCGACUUCCAUCGGUAAAGAUCAGUUUGAGAAGAAGAAGAAUGAUACACUGGACCCUGAAUUGCUUGUGGAAUGUCUGGACUGUGGACGUAAGAUGCACCAGAUCUGUGUCCUGCACAACGACACCAUCUGGCCGUUAGGUUUUAAUUGUGAUGGCUGCUUAAAGAAGUUGAAUAAGACUCGUAGAGAGAACAAGUAUGCCGCCAAAAGGUUGCCCCACACUAAACUGGGCUGUUAUUUGGAGACGAGGGUGAAUGACUUCCUGAAGCGUCAGAGCCACCCUGAGUCGGGUGACGUCACCAUCCGAGUCGUCCACGUCUCUGACAAGGUGGUGGAGGUCAAACCAGGCAUGAAGUCCAGGUUUGUGGACACUGGGGAGAUGUGUGAGUCAUUCCCAUACAGAACGAAAGCCCUGUUUGCCUUUGAAGACAUCGAUGGAGCUGACGUCUGCUUCUUCGGCAUGCAUGUACAGGAGUACGGCUCCGACUGCCCUCCUCCCAAUCAGAGACGAGUGUACAUCUCGUACCUGGACAGUGUUCACUUCUUCCAGCCUCGUUCUCUGAGGACGGGCGUCUACCAUGAGAUUCUCAUUGGCUACCUGGAGUAUGUCAAGAAGCUGGGGUACACGACGGGUCACAUCUGGGCAUGCCCACCUAGUGAAGGGGAUGACUACAUCUUCCACUGUCACCCUAUGGACCAGAAGAUCCCCAAGCCUAAGAGGCUACAGGAGUGGUAUAGGAAGAUGCUGGACAAGGCUGUGGUGGAGCGCAUCGUGCACGACUUCAAGGACAUCUUCAAGCAGGCCACGGAGGACCGUCUGACCAGUGCCAAGGAGCUGCCGUACUUUGAGGGGGACUUCUGGCCCAAUGUGCUAGAGGAGAGCAUCAAGGAGCUGGAGCAGGAGGAGGAGGAGAGGAAGAGAGAGGAAAACAGCACUUCCAACGAGAGCAUAGAUGCCACGAAGGGCGACAGCAAAAACGCCAAAAAGAAGAACAACAAGAAGACUUCUAAGAAUAAGAGCAGUAUGAGCCGAGCCAAUAAGAAGAAGCCAGGCUUGCCCAACGUGUCCAAUGACCUCUCUCAGAAACUCUAUGCCAGCAUGGAGAAGCAUAAAGAGGUAUUCUUUGUGAUCCGUCUGAUAGCGGCGCCCAUGUCCAACACGCUGGGUCCCAUCACGGACCCCGACGGCCUGAUGGCCUGCGACCUGAUGGACGGGCGCGACGCCUUCCUCACCCUGGCCCGGGACAAACACCUGGAGUUCAGCUCGCUGCGCAGGUCCAAGUGGAGCUCCAUGUGCAUGCUGGUGGAGCUGCACAACCAGAGCCAGGACCGCUUCGUCUACACCUGCAACGAGUGCAAGGGCCAUGUGGAGACACGCUACCACUGCACUGUCUGCGAGGACUAUGACCUGUGCAUCACCUGCUACAACACGAAGGGCCACAUCCACAAGAUGGAGAAGCUGGGUCUGGGCCUGGAUGACGAGAGCAACAACCCGGCCUCCUCGUCCAUCGCCAACCCCGGGGACUCGCGGCGCCUCAGCAUCCAGCGCUGCAUCCAGUCUCUCGUCCACGCCUGCCAGUGUCGCAAUGCCAACUGCAGCCUGCCGUCCUGUCAGAAGAUGAAGCGCGUGGUGCAGCACACGAAAGGGUGCAAGCGAAAGACCAACGGCGGCUGCCCCAUCUGCAAGCAGCUCAUCGCCCUGUGCUGCUACCACGCCAAGCACUGCCAGGAGAACAAGUGUCCCGUGCCGUUCUGUCUGAACAUCAAGCACAAGCUGAGGCAGCAGCAGCUCCAGCACCGUCUCCAGCAGGCCCAGAUGCUGCGGAGGAGGAUGGCCAGCAUGCAGAGGGUGGGUCAGCCACCUCCAGGACCGGGGGGAAACGGUGGACUACCAUCCCCUGGAAACAACAGCACCACAGGGCCCAGUACACCCUUGUCUGUGGGCACGCAGCCCCCCACCCCUCAGACCCCCACCCAGGGGAACAUGCCCCAGCAGGGGAUGGGUCAGGGCCCCCCAGGGCAGCAGCAGCAGCAGAGCAGCAUGACCCAGCAGCACCACAUGCACCACCAGUUCCAGCAGCAGAUGCAGCAGCAGAUGCAGCAGCAGGGGGGAGGGGGAUUGAUGAAUUCUCCUCAGCAGCAACAGAUGGUCCAACAACAGCUCCAACAGCAGCAGCAGGGCCAGUCUCCAAAUGUUCAGCAGAUGCAGCACCCAGGAGGUCUUCCCCCUUACACCCCCAGACCUCCAGGAGCCUCGCCCCUCCACCAGUCCCUGGGUAAACCCGGUCUGGGCCCAGCCACCCCGCCACAGCAGCAGGCCAACACCGGCCAGGGCUCCAUGCCCCAGGGACAACCGCAGCAGGGGCCUCCUCCGGCAGCGGUGGAGAUAGCGUUGAAGAUCCAGCGUGUGGCAGAGACCCAGCGUCAGAUGGCACAGGCCCAGGCCCAGAUCCUCCAGAGGCAGCAGGCGGCCCAGAGUGGAGGCAUGAUGCCCCCUCACCACCAGAACCCCCAGGCCCAGAUGCAGGGCAUGGCCCACCCAGGAGCAGGCAUGGUAGGACACCAGGGGAUGGCUCCCCAGGGCCAGGGUGUGGCAGGAAGAACCCUGAUGGAGCAGCAGGGGAUGGUGGUAGGGCCAGGAGGCAUGCAACAGCAGUCCCAGCUCCCCCCUCAGGUUCAGCUCCAGCAGCAGGCCCAACUCCAGAACCCCAACCAACAGCAGUGGGGCGGCCCGGGUGGGAUGACCCCCCAGCAGAGGCAAGGCAUGAUGGGACAGAUGGGUCACCUGACACCGCAACAACAACAGCAGCUUGCCCAGCAGCAGCAACAGCAGCAGCAACAGCAAGGUCAGACCCAGCAACAACAACAGCAGGCAGGGCAAGGGGGGUUAAUGGGGCUGAUGGGAGGUCCAGGGGGCGUGGCCGGGGCGGCAGCGGCGAUGGUGGGGACAGGGAACCUCCCCCAGGCAGCUCUACAGGACCUCCUGCGUACCCUCCGCUCCCCCAGCUCCCCUGGCCAGCAGCAACAGGUCCUCAACAUCCUCCGCUCCAACCCCCUCCUCAUGGCUGCCUUCAUCAAGCAGCGAGCCGCCCGAUACCAGGGAGGUCCAGGGGUGCCUGAGGCACCAGGAGGGGGGCCUGGAGGCGUGCGGUUCAAGGGGGCCCGUGGUGGGGUAGGAGUGGGCCCUGGAGGGCCUGGUGGUAACCAGGUUGUCAUGGAUGGUCAGCAGGUCAACGUAAACCCCGGUGUGGCCCAGGCAGGUAUGAACAUGGGCCAGGGAGUAGGAGGAGGAGGAAACAUACCCACUAUGGCUCAGCUACAGCAGUUACAGCAGCAGCAACAGCAACAGCGCCCCCUCCUGCCUGGGAGUUUGCAGCAACAGCAGCAAAUGGCAGCACUACAACAGCAACAAGGCGGUAUGCCAGGCCAAGGCACCCCAAUGUCCAACAUGACUCCCCAGUUCAGAGAGAUUCUGAUGAGAAGGCACCUGCAACAGCAGCAGCAGCAACAGCAACAGCAACAACAGCAGCAGCAACAACAGCAACAGCAGCAGCAACAACAGCAGCAGCAACAACAGCAGCAGCAGCAGCAGCAGCAACAGAUGAGUAACAAUGGUCAGUUCCAGCAGCCCCAGCCCCCUCAACAGCAGCAGCAGCAGCAGGGUCAGGUCCAGCAGGGCUUCAUGCAGCAGGGCCAGCCUGGUCAACCAGGCCUGACCCAGUCUGGGGGAGGAGGGCCGCAGCAGGGGGGGCCCCAGGGGCCCCAGCCGGGUCAAGGGCAGGGCCAGCAAGGGCAGGGCUACCCUGGAACCAUGUCCCAGCAGGUAGCCACAGCCCUGCAACAGAGACUGCAGCACCAGAUGCAGAUGCAGCAGCAGAUGCAGCAACAACAGGAUGGUGGGGGGCCUGGGCAGCUCCAACAGGGUCCCCAGCAAGGCCAAGGUGGUCCCCCCCAGCCCCAGUCCUCCCAUACCAUGCUCCAGCAGGCCCUCCACCAGAGACUCCUCCAGCAGCAGCACCUAGGAGGGGGCUCGCCCGCCCAGCACGGCAGUCCUAUGAGCCCCCAGCAGCAGAUGGCCCAGUCCCCCCACCUCCAGGGUCAGGCUCUGGGCGGUCAGUCACUCAGCAACCAGGUGCGUUCUCCUCAGCCUUCCCCUCGGCCACAGUCCCAGCCGCCUCACUCCAGCCCCUCGCCACGCAUGCAGCCCCAGCCUUCCCCUCACCACAUCUCCCCCCAGACCCAGACAGGCUCCCCGCACCCGGGUCAUCUCUCCCAGCACCACCCUAGCAUGGUGGCCCCCCAAAACCCACAGCAACAAUUGUCACAGCAACAACAACAACAACAGACUAACUCUGGGGACCCGGGUACGUUUGGUUCGGACCCCAGUGCUAUGAUGUCCCAGAUAAGUGGGAUGGGGGGCUUUCAUGGCCCGGGGCAGUCGGACAUGUUGGGUAAUAACAACCAGGACCUGGGGACGAACAUUAACCACAACAAUGUAGACAUUAUGUAACCUACUACUACGUCUGUCUCGGUGCUCUGAAGAACUGCCCUCGUGGGUCUGGCUGGGAUGGAAUGGAAGGGGAUGGCAGUUUUAGAAGUUAUUUUUAUUUAAUAUUUUUCUGAUGUAUAAAUGAAAAGAUCUUAACUUCCUAUGGGAGAUGCACCAUUUAAAUCUACAAGUCAAUAAAUGAAUAAAUUAAACGAAUGGUAAGUUAUUGCUGUUAAUAUAUAUCUAUAUUUUUGCCAAUUGUGUACAAAAUGUGUAAGGGUUUUCUGGACGGGAGAGUUCUUCCUUAGUAUAUGACACAAGUAAUAUUUUUGGGGACUGAGAAUUUUUUUGCCUUUUUUUACAAGUAUUUUUAAGAUUUUAAAUGUGGUGGGAAAUUAGUGAGUUAAUACAAUGGACCUUUUUUUAUCGUUCCAUUUUCCUUCAUAAAACCAGUCAUGAUUGUAUCUGUUUUGCAGAGAAGUGUUUUGAGUUUUUUAAAUAUUAUAAUUAUCAAUAUUAUUUUCGCUGUAUCUGCAAACAAACAUCACAACAUAUCUUCCUUUUUUGGGUGGGUGGGUGAGCUUUUUUUGGUGGGUAAAUGUACCUUGCGCCUGCUACAUUUCACAUAGAAUAUAUUUUUGUUAAUGACUGUCCAAAAACCGAGAGGAUUGAGAAAGGUGAGUUUAUUCUGACUUUUUUUAUGGUUUGUUAGGGAUCCAAGUUAAACUUAAACAGUGUUGCUGGGGGGUGGCUGGCUGAUCUCCCUCUUGGACUGACUGAGCGUUUCAGGUCGGAAGCUUCCUGUUUGAUGCCCAGAUCUUCUUCUACUCAAGCCACCUCUCCCCCGUGUCUCCCCCCCCCUUUUUUUUUUUUUUCUCCCAUGAAUGUGCACUCCCCUUUUACCCCCACACUUACUACAGAAUGAUGGAUGAACUUACUGCAGAUGUUGCCAGCUGAUUCGGAUAGAUUGAUGGCUGGAUAUCUGUAUGUAGUGUGUGUAUAUACCCUCAUGAACUGAAACACAGGGGAUAUGGCGGUGGGGAAUGUAUAGAGGGGUUUGCAAGGUAUCGUCAUUCUAUUUUUUUUUUUACUUUUGUCAACUAUGCCGCCCUUCCCCGCCUCUCUUCCUAGUCACAUCCCCCUUGUCGUCUUUUGCCCUGAACCGUUGGGUUUAAUCUAAUAUUACUGUACAAAGAACUGGACUUUAAUGAAAUACUGCUUUUGUAAUAAAAUGAACAGCAUAAAUUUGAGCUGUACAGACUUUAACCUAUGAGUAGAGACUCUUUCUACUGCAGAUGUUCUCCUUUGAUUUGGUUUCCUAGCAACCGGGGCUCCUCCCAAACUGAAAGUAUUGAGAUUUCUGUAAGGUACAGUAUGGGGUGUAGGUCAUUUGAGCACCAAUGCGCCUUUGUAUUAUUGACAAACUGGGGUUAUUGUAACAAAUCACAUCUUGAUUGCUGUGAGCACCAACACACUCACAAAACCGGGGAGAAGGCUUAUUAGUGUGGUCAGAAAAUGAAUUGGUCAUUAAAGAUUUCACAAGUUCACUUAUUUUUCUCUAAAGGUUGGGAUUUGAGGGGAGGGAGAAACAAAACAAAGUGGCAAUAUAUCUUGAGACUUAUUUUAUAAAAAAAAAAACAGUCUUUUAUAUAUAGCUAUAUUAUUUAAUUUUUUUUUUAUAAAACUUGAAGCUACAGGAAUUAAUAGAUUAAACUUUUUUGUAUUGAAGAUGUAAUGGUGAUGCAGAAUGACUGCGGUCAUUGAUAGCCCUCUUUGGGGUUGAUGAGUAUCAUGCCAUUUUGAAGAGAUGUACAUGCAUAUAAGUGUAUACAUACUGAAUCACUGUAGAAACCAUGGCAACUGAACAACUUUUGUUUUGUUUGUGUUUCUUCCUAAAGAGACUGGAAAUAAGACUAUUUAAUAUUUGUUUAGUGUUCAAAUGGACUCUUUGACCACUUCUCUUUACAUAUUUUGGUGCUUGUGCUGAAAGGAAGCAACAAAAAAAACUUGCUCCAUUUUCAUUAGUUUCAAAUUUUUUAAGUUAUUUUGGUGGUCUGAUUUUUAUUUUUUUUUGCAAAUAAUUUAAUUGUACAAUAAAGUAUGUUUGUACCAUUGGAAAAAUA